AAAGCAUCCUGUGCAUUAGCAGUGGAACACACCGAAUGUAAACCUGGACAAUAUAUCAAACAGACAGGAACAGCAUUUACUGAUACAGUAUGUGCAGGCUGCACAGAUGGAACUUAUUCAAAUGGCUCUCUGACGGCCUGCUUACCACAUUCAAAAUGUGAGACUAUGGGACUUACAGAAAUGAAACCAGGAACAUCGUCCUCUGAUGCUGAAUGUGAGAAAGUGACUUCGGUUGGUCUUAUAGUUGGAGUCACUAUAGUUCUUGUAGCUGUUGUCACUGUGGCUAUUAUAUCAGCAUACAUCAUAUACAGAAAACAUAAAGCAAGUCGUUCUAAGAAAUCAGGUGAAUGUCGCACCCCACGAGAAGCAACUGAGGAUGAUGAAACAGUAAGUGAAUAUCUGAACAGUUCUUUAUUAACACAGUCAAACAUUUCAAAUAUGAUUGUAAUAGGAAGCACCUUACUAUAAUAUUGAUGUAGUCUUCAAUCUAAA